UUAAUAUCGCGAGAUGCGAACCCUCCAGCCGCCUGUGUUGCGUCGUUUCGAAUUCGAUAUUAGUAUAAUAUAGUAAAUAUUGAAUAAGUAUCCCAAUUCCCAAUUGAUCGAUUGAAUGAAAAAAAUUGUUUGAUACCACCUUCAUCAUUUGACAUGUCAAAAAAGAACAUCGUGUUCGUUACUGGAAACUUGAAAAAACUGGAAGAAGUGAUGCAAAUGUUUAAGAAUUUUUACAAAGAUUCCGUUCCUUUUGAUUUGUCUAAUAGGAAUAUCGACUUGCCUGAGCAUCAAGGGGAACGGGAUGAAAUAUGCAAAAUGAAAGCUCGUGCAGCUUUUGAUAUUAUAAAGGGUCCUUGUAUUGUAGAAGAUACUAGUCUCUGCUUCAACGCGAUCGGUGGACUGCCAGGUCCAUAUAUUAAAUGGUUUUUAAAAGCAACUGGUCCUAUUGGUCUACAUCGUAUGCUCAAAGGAUUCGAAGAUAAAACCGCUAUGGCUGUAUGUACAGUCGCUUAUGUUAAUGAACAGGGUGAAGUGAACAUUUUUAGUGGCGAAACUUAUGGUACGAUCAUAGAGCCAACUGCCAUUGAAACUUUUGGAUGGGACUCUUGUUUUAAGCCAGAUGGUUAUGAGAUAACAUACGCAGAAAUGCCUAAAGAAGAAAAGAACCUAAUUUCACAUAGAAUGAAGGCAAUGUAUAAGUUAAAGGAGUUUCUUGACCACAAUGUAAUUAUAUAAAAUGUUACACAUUUAUUUAUUUAUUUUAAAAAAAAAAUCAAUAUUGUUUAUCUUAUUAAAAAUGCAUUUAUGUUUAAUCAUCACUGUGCAUUUAUUUCAUUAAGAAUAAAUUAGUAAAAUAUAUGUUUAUUGA